GUUUUUUUUUUCACCUCUACUCAUCUUAUCCUCCAUCCCCUUCACACACUCCCCCACAUCAUGACGACUGCCCCCAGGAUUAUUGUAGUUGGCGGUGGAUUGUCCGGUCUUAGUGCCGCCCACACCGUCUACCUCAACGGUGGAAAUGUCCUCGUUCUGGACAAGCAGGCCUUCUUCGGUGGCAACUCCACCAAGGCUACUUCCGGUAUCAAUGGCGCCCUGACCCGCACCCAGGUCGACCUGGGAAUCCCCGACAGUGUCAAGACCUUCUACGAAGAUACCCUCAAAUCGGCCAGAGAUAAAGCUCGUCCGGAUCUCAUCAAGGUCCUGACCUACAAUUCUGCUUCCGCGGUCGAGUGGCUGCAGGAUGUCUUCAACCUCGAUUUGACGCUAGUUUCCCGCCUGGGUGGUCACUCCCAGCCCCGCACACACCGUGGUCACGAUGCCAAAUUCCCCGGAAUGGCCAUAACCUACGCCCUCAUGCAACGGUUAGAAGAGCUCACCGAGUCGGAGCCCGACCGUGUCCAGAUCAUCAAGAAGGCCCGCGUUACCUCCAUCAACAAGUCCGGAAAUGCUGUGACAGGUGUCACCUACGAGUACAACGGCGAGACGCACACUGCUGAUGGUGUGGUCGUCCUGGCCACCGGUGGCUACGCUGCCGACUUUGGCGAUGGAUCCCUGCUCAAGCAGCACCGUCCGGACACCUUCGGGCUGUCCAGCACCAACGGCACCCACGCCACGGGUGAUGGCCAGAAGAUGUUGAUGGAGAUCGGCGCCAACGGAAUCGACAUGGACAAGGUCCAAGUGCACCCCACGGGUCUUGUCGACCCCAAGGACCCCACCGCCAAGUUCAAGUUCCUGGCUGCUGAGGCGCUCCGUGGUGAGGGUGGUCUUCUCCUCAACUCGGACGGUGAGCGGUUCUCGGAUGAGCUGGGUCACCGUGACUACGUCUCUGGACAGAUGUGGAAGGAGAAGGAGAAGAACAAAUGGCCCAUCCGCCUUGUGCUCAACAGCAAGGCCUCCAAUGUGCUCGACUUCCACACUCGUCACUACUCCGGCCGUGGCUUGAUGAAGAAGAUGACCGGCAAGGAGCUCGCCAAGGAGAUUGGCUGCGGCGAGGCUGCCCUCAAGAAGACCUUCGACGACUAUAAUGCCAUCGCCGAUGGCAAGAAGAAGGACCCCUGGGGCAAGCGUUUCUUCCACAACCUGCCUUUCAGCAUCGAUGAUGACUUCCACGUGGCCCUUAUGGAGCCCGUUCUUCACUUCACCAUGGGUGGUAUUGAGAUUAACGAGCACGCCGAGGUCCUGAACAGCGAGCAGAAGCCCUUCGAGGGUCUCUACGCCUGCGGUGAGCUUGCCGGCGGUGUCCACGGCGCUAACCGCCUGGGUGGCUCUUCGCUCUUGGGCUGCGUCGUCUACGGCCGUGUUGCCGGUGACAGCGCCAGCCAGUUCCUCUUCAAGCGUCUCCUCUCCGGUGGCGCGUCCACCGCACAACAGCGUCUGGGCCAAAUCUCCCUGCACAUCGACCCGUCAACCCCGGGCAAGAUCGCCGUCGAAUGGACUGGAGCCGGUAGUGGUAGUGGUCAAGUCUCCGCGGCUGCCGGAACUCCUGCUGACUCCGUCCAGGCCGCGAAGUCUAGCGCCACCCCCGCGGGUGCUCCGGAGUCUGCCAAGCCGACCAGCCCGGCCAAGUUCAGUAUUCCCGAGACGGAGUACUCCAUGGAGGAGGUGGCCAAGCACAACAAGAAGGAGGACCUGUGGAUCGUGGUUAAGGGUGUUGUAUUGGACGUGACCAACUGGUUGGACGAGCACCCCGGUGGCGCCAAUGCUUUGUUCAACUUCAUGGGUCGCGAUGCCACUGAAGAAUUCGCGAUGCUCCACGACGACGAGGUCAUCCCCAAGUACGCUGCCCACAUUGUGAUUGGUCGCGUCAAGGGACAGACUCCCAGCCUAGAGCUGUGAUUUGCGCGUUAGAGUCUGUUUUGUUUUUUUGGAUGAAAAUGAUCUUGCAGCCAUGUUGAUACAUACCCUAGUCAGUCUUAUUUUUUUUUCGCUUUGCUUUGCUGUGAUCCAUGCAUGCAUGCCUUUGAUGGGGCUUAGACGUUUGAUUCUUUCUGCGGUGGUUGUAAAAUACAAGCAGUAUAGGACAUCAAUUGAAGGUUAUUCUUGGACCGUUUGGUAUAAU